UUGAGACUGCCAUAGAGUUGGCGUCUGACGAGGUUAAACCAGAAUUUGAAGGUUGUUUCCCUCGUACGGGAUGGCUCAUGAUGGUGUGCACAAAUAACCAAACGGCUGAAUGGGUCCGUAAAAAUGCGGCAGCUAUUGCAACAAAGGCUAAACUGGGCGCCAAAGUGGUUGAAGAGUCGGAGUUUCCAAAAACACAUCUGGUGCGAGGAUACUUCCCACACAGUUGCGAUUUUGAAAAUACCAAGGUUCUUGCCACAAUUGAGGCCCAGAACAGGAUUAAAGCAAGCACCUGGAAGGUAUUACAGCGGACCGCAGAAGGUUCACUGCUCCACAUCGUCUUUGCUGUCGACGAUGCAUCCUGGAACUCACUGGUCCAGAGUGGAGGUAGAAUUGCAUAUCGCUUCAGCCAUGUCAAGCUACUGCUUAAAACUAACAGUAUGACAAAGGAGGGGCAGCCAGAACAACGGCCUGUGGAACAAAAGGUUCCAAAUAAACUCCAGAUCACAAGGACGGAGAAACAGAAAGUGGAGCACGUGGUCCCACAAUCAACACUUACGUCUAUUGUGAAUCCAAAUGAGGCCCCAACUACUAGUAGAGCCGCCAUUCAAAAAAGGCUUUGGAUGCGGCCACCUGUGGGUGGAGCAUCAACAGCUCCAAAAGAGCGCCAGAAGGAAAAAGGGCCACGAAGAGCUCGACUUCAAAAGGAAGUCGAACGCUCUCUCAAUAAAACUCAACAAAAAUGAGCACCAUAGGGGUGUUACAGGCGAACCUGCACCACGCGAAAGGAGCAUCGGCUACCUUGUGCAGGACCUUCGCCACAAAAGGACUGGCCAUAGCGUUUAUCCAGGAGCCAUGGACAGUCGGUGGGCAUAUAAAAGGCCUUCAACAUCAAUCAAAUUUCAUCCAGAGGGACUUGGUGUCGGCCAUUUUUGAGAUCCCGACGGAGUGCGGAACACGAGAGAUCGUGAUCGCAUCGGCCUACUUUCCAGGCGAUGCAGAUGAAGCACCACCUGAAGCA